UGCAGGGCUCCUGCCAUGGGCUGGGAGCCUUGGGGACACCCUGGCACUGAGCACUGGCCCCUCUGCCUUUCCUCUGGGAUGGCUCCUGUGCUCUCUCCUCUUGGAUUGGGAUGUGUAGAGAGUGAGGCAGGACGGUUUGGCCAGGGAGGGGACAGGGUGACUCUGGGGCUGGUUUAUUCCCAUGCUGUUGGUGUUUCCCCUCCCUGCCCAGGAUCCCUCCAAGCACAGCCCAUGGGUGCUGGCAUCCCCCAGGGCACCAUUCCCAUUCCAGGGUGUCCCAGUGAGCUGCAGGAGGGACAUGGCUCAGCCAGGGCCAGAAGGUGCCCUGAGCACCAGCCCUGGAGCCAGGAGUGCAGCCCUGAGUGCUGGGACCUGCCUGGGGCUGGAGCUCUUUGCUGCCCACUGGCACAAAGUAUUUUGGCACUGAGGAGGUCAGUGAGUCACUGGCACGGCUGGGAACAACUCCCCAGCUGCAGUUUCAAUUGGUCUCUUGAAAAGAAAGCUCCCAGUUCCCUUUCUGAGCUGGCUCAAAUGAAAAUAAACACUGAAGCUGCGAGAGCAACUGGAGUGAGCACUGGGGACCCAUGGACGGGCUGUGCCCUGCUGCUGGCAGGGGUGGCACGAGCAGCGUCCCACCUGUCACACCCCAGGGACACCUCUCAGGCCGGGAGGACCCUGCCAGGGGUGUGGACGCCUCUGCCCCCCCUCCAGGUGAGGAGUGUGAGUCCUGCUGGCCCUGGGCCCCUGAGCUCCUGCCCCACGGGGACAGCCCACACCGCCGGGGACAAUGGUGGAGGGACACGGACACGGACAAGGCACCAGGGACACGGCCCCAGGACAUGGCAACAGGUAAGGCUGGGCUGGCAGGGAGGAGCAGCCCCGCUCCUGAGGCAGGACACGGCUCCCCGGAGCCCCCGGUGGUGCUGCUGGCUCUCAGGAACACCUGUCCCCCAGAGCUCUCUCUCUCCUUCUCCGUGGAGAGCCGCUCCUGCGGGUGCCGCAAUGCCCAGCUCCAGGAGGCUGCCAGGAGGAGGCUGUGGGCUCUGGAGAGUGAUGACACAAGUGUCUGUGCCCUCUUCAAGGAGCUGUCAGCCAGGCUGGUCUGCACGCAGGCACACGAGGAUCGCUUCCUCCUCACCUUCAAAACCCCUGAGGAAGUCUGGAAGUUUUCCACCUAUCUGACUUUAGGGUACGUGGGGACCUGCCUGGAGCAGCUGCUCCUUGCCCAGGAGUUCUGGCUGGACUGUGCCCUGGUGGAGGACACAGAGCUCAGGGUCACUGUGGAUGAGGAGCACCUGGCCACCAUCUACAUGGAUCUGCUCCUCCAGGAAGGGAACUUCUUCUGCAGGGCAGUGCCCGGGGUCUGCAAGCUGGAGCAGGAGGGAGAGGAGGGUCUGCAGCUCUGCAGGAAUGAGCUGGUCCAUGUGAAGAGUGCUGGACAGGAUUCCAGAUGGGAAGGGAUGUCCCUGCUGACGGGACAGCGAGGCGUGGUGCCCGUGACUGCUCUGGAGCCAAUAGCUCACCCCUUUUACCAGUGGUUCCUGAGGAAUUAUGCUGUGAGCUUUGGCCUCUCCCAGGAGAUCAGCGGGACGAGCUCUCGGGCCAUUGUCAGAGGCAGGUGCAUCGCCACCAAGGACCACAGAGGAGCAGCAUGGGAUGAGCUGAGCUUCUCCAAAGGAGAUGCCAUAGAAAUCAUUGGAUUCUUCAUCCCUGGGCUGCCCUGGUUUGUGGGCAAAUCCCUCAGCACCAGGAGCAUCGGCUUUGUUCCCACCCGACACGUAAACCCCGAACCUUGCGAACCCCUGGGAAAGGGCUUUGUGUUUCUGAGUGAAGAGGAGAAGUCCCCAGUGCUGCACAUCCCCUGCAAUGGUGACGAGGAGCACUUUGCCACCCUCCUGGGGGACCUGGCACACACGGACAUCACCUCUGUGUACAGGCUGGCUGGGUUUGAACCCACAGCUGUGUUCCCACAAGUGCCACCAGAGGCUGCUCUCCAUGGCAGUAAAGAAAUCCAGGUGCUCCAGCCCUGGGAGGAGAUCAAUGACUGGGCCACCAGCAGCACCUCAGAGCUGUCCAGCCCAGGCAGUGAAAUAGCCCCUGCCACACUGGAAGAUGUUCUCCUGGAGAAGCUGGAUGACUUGGAUUAUCCCAAAUUCUUCAUCGACCUCAACGCUGGCCACAUGGAGGAUGCUGAUGUCUUUGACCCCAUAUUGACCUUCCUCAACCAAGACAGUUUCGUGCCCAGUUUCCAAAGCUUUUAUGAUCUCAGCUUUUCCUUUCUCCACUCCACUUUUUAUGGCUUCUCUGAUGAGGAUGAACUGGUCCUGUACCUCGAGACUUCCCGGAACUGGGCCAAGAGGACUCGCUCAGUUUGGGCUCACGUCAGGCUCUGUUUCCUCUUGGGUAAGCUCUGCAUCAAAAAGCUCAAGCUCUCCCAGGCCCGGGUGUACUUUGAGGAAGCCAUGAGUGUCCUGGACAGAGGCUUUGGGGACCUGCCCCUGCUGGCAGCGCUGCACGGGAGCCUCGCCUCCAUCUACCUGAAGCAGAACAUGAAGCACAAGUUCUCCUCCCUGCUGGGGAAGACGGUGACCCUGCUCGUGUGCCUGCCUGGCCGCUCCUUCAGCUCGGAGAACGAGCUGGAGCUCCUCACCUACAUCCUGAGGGAAUCCAUCGCCGUGGGCAAUGCCCCGCUGGAGGCCCGGAUCUGCUUCCUCAUUGUCAAACUCUUCCUGCAGCUGGGCAGGACCGAGGAGGUGCUGCCCUUUUUGGAGCAUCUCCAGUGCCUCAGCACCACCUGGCUCAGCCCAGGCAGCCGUGCUGGGCCCCUGGAUGCCACUGCCACCCUGGGUUACCUCUACGACAAGAAGUGUCUGCCGAACAUCGCGCUGGCCUCCGUCAGGUCCUUUGUUCCCAGCAGCACCAAGGGCACACCGACCCCCAUCUGGAGAGCCGGCUUCAUCCUCCAAAAUGCUUCCAAGCUUCUGGGGAGGCAGCAGCAGGACAGGAGCAGCAUCCCAGCAGUGGCUUGUUUGUACCUCAGGCAGGCUCUGCAGUUCUGCUGCGAGAGCAGGGCCAUGCCCAUGCAGAGGACGCUCUGUGCCGUGCUGUCCAGGAUGUACCUCCAGCACGGCCUGCUGGAUGGAGCCAUCCCUUAUGCAGCUAGAGCAGCAGAUCUGGCCAGACUGCUGGGGGAGGAGGAGGCGUUUGAGUCCUCGCUGUGCCUGGCCUGGCUCUACGUGCUGCAUCCCUUCGAGGCGUUUGUCACCGGGGCAAUGGUUAUUUACCUCUUGUUUACCGGGCAUUGCUGCGGGGCUGCCGGGCAGCCUCACACCCAGCCCGGAGCAGGGGAAUCUCCAUCCUGGGUGAGAUCCAGCCGGCUCAGGGNGUGCGGGGCGGCCCAGCUGGCCGAGCUGUACCUGCUGUGGGCAGUGCGGCUCUACAGCGAGCUCCAGGGCCACCGAGAGAUGGACACAGAGCUGGCACAGGUGCUGCUGUGGCUGGCACAGGCCAUGGUGGACAGGCAGAGGAGGGAAGAUGCCAAACUGUGCUAUGAGCUGGCGCUGGGCUUUGCCCUGAAGUGGCAGAACCUGAGGAGUCAGCUGCACAUCACGGAGCGUCUGUGCCAUUUCUACAGCAGAGUGUGCCCUGACCUGCACGCCUCCAUCACCUACCACGAGCACUGGGCAUCCCUGGCACGGCAGCUGCAGGACAGGGAGAUGGAGGCCAGUGCCAGGCAGGCCCUCAGCCAGCUCUACCAGGCUCUGGGCACACCUGAGGCUCUGAGACAAUCCCUGGACUGCACCAAGCAGAGCCUGAGGAUCUUCAUCGACCUGCAGGAGGCUGUGAAGGCAGCGGAGGCCUGGCUGCAGGCAGGAAAACUCUAUUACCUCCUGCAGGAGGAUGAGCUGGUGGAAAUGUACUUCCAGGCAGCCAUCCAGACUGCUCUGAAAGGGGACAACUUCUCCUUGGCCAUGGACCUUUAUGAGAAAGCAGGUGACACCUUCUUCAAUGGCAGCCGGAACAGGGCCCGGGCAGUGGAGUUUUACAGGGGAGGAGCUGUGCCCUUGGCCAGGAAACUCAAGGCCACCCAGACAGAGCUGAGGCUGUUCAACAAACUGGCAGAGCUGCAGAUCAGCCUGCAGGGCUAUGAGAAGGCUCUGGAGUUUGCCACGCUGGCAGCCAGGCUCAGCCUCAGGGUCGGGGAUCAGCUGCAGGAGCUGGUUGUUCCCACCUCUCUAUUUUCCAGGAGAUCCCACCCCUCUCUUUUCCAGGAGAUCCAAUGGCAGGAGCUGGUUGAUCCC